AUGAAAUUAGUGGGAAACUUUUGCAAAAGCUCGCAAAAUUGCUUUCCUAAAUUAUCAAGUAACCAGUAACCAAAUAGUUAAUACUUUUACAACACAACCUGCAAUUGUCAAUUCUCCAAUAAAUUAAUUCAAACAUUGUUUUAUAUUCCAUGUUUCCCGGUUUUUAUCAAUAUUUAUAAAAUAAAAGAAUUAUACGAAAUGAAUCUUCAAGACAGCAGCUUAAAUACAUCACAACAAUCUGCCUUUUCCGAAUCCGUUUUAGAGGAAUCCGCCACUCUCAAUCACAAUGUAAAUUUUAGUAAAUUAGAUUUUAGUCAAAUACUAACCGAGGAAUCCACAUUACAAAACAGUAAAACUAUUUCAGAAUCCUCACCUAAACUGAGUAUAACUUUGGAGCAGGAAGAAAGGGAUAUAUUGCGCAAAAAAUGUGUUAAUGGCAAUAGUUCACAGAUGGAUGUAACACAAACAACAAAUGGUUGUUUACAAUCAACAGCAGAUACCCUAAAGGAGGCAACUUUAACAAAGUCUCGCAGAAAUACUAGUAAUAAAGAAAUCACCAUGGAAUUAAGUGAUGAUGAGGAUAAUGCUGAAGAAAGUGUUAUACCGGUCGAAGAAGAUGAUGACGAUGAUGAUGUGGAAGAAAUAAGUACUAUGGAGUGCUCAGCGAUAGAACAAACACAAAAAGAUAUGUUUUCACAUUUACAACCCAAUAAAACUGCCGGAGAAAAUGAGAAAGUAUCGGAUGAAACACAUAAUGAACCAGAAAUGACUGAGACCAUUAUAGAGCAGGACACAUCACAAUUUUUGCCCGAUGAAAGUAAAUUAUUUCGUUAUCCUUUGAUAGAAGUUGGACGUAGACUAUGGCCUUCAACGGCGGAGAAGCAAAAUUUUACGAAAGGAUGUUUAUGGUCACCGGAUGGUACUUGUUUAUUGGUGCCAGUGCAUUUGGAUGGAAUGCACAUUGUAGAAUUGCCCACAGAUUUAUACACCGUGCAAGAAUUGGAUGCCGAAAGAAGUCUGAGUGAUUUGGCUUCGGCGGUGCAUGUAAAAGAGGGUGGUACUGUUUAUGAUUGUUGUUGGUAUCCUUUUAUGAAUAGUUCAGAUCCAGCUACAUGUUGUUGGCUUGCUACUAGACAACAUGAACCCAUACACAUGUGGGAUGCCUUUUCAGGGGAGUUAAGAUGUUCUUAUCGUGGCUACGAUGAGGUAGAUGAAGUCGAAUCAGCCAUUUCCAUAAUAUUUAGCAAUUGUGGCGAAAAAGUUAUAGGUGGAUAUAAGAAAACCAUUAAAAUAUUUGAUACUAAUAUACCAGGUCGUGCUUGCUCGACGAUACCAGUAAAAAAAGCCGUUUCCUGUUUUGCCUUAACUACUGACAAUGAUAAUUGUGUUACCGCGGGUACAUGGACAGGUUAUAUAAAUCAUUAUGAUUUAAGGGCUCCCAAAUUGGGCCCCUUAUUUACCUUGGGUGGCCAUAGUGGUGGCAUAACCUGGUUAAAAUAUUCUCCCACAUUAGAUCAAAAUUGGUAUUUAUUUAGUGGUGCCCGUAAGGACAGGAAAAUCUUGCAAUGGGAUAUGCGUAACUAUACUGAACCAUUGCAAGUAUUUGAAAGAAAUGUGGAGACUAACCAAAGAAUUUAUUAUGAUUUAACACCUAUGAAGACAUGGUUAGCCAGUGGUGAUACCCAGGGUUUAUUAAGGAUAUGGAAUUUGGGCGAUAAGGCGCAACAAUAUGAGUUACCUUUACAUCAGGAUUGCUGCAAUGCUGUAAGUUUUCAUCCUUCUUUACCUAUACUUACCACUACCUCAGGUCAAUAUCAUUUUGUGGAUGUUACAAAUUCAGAGAGUGGCGAUUCCUCGACGGAAAAUAUUGUAGAUUAUGAAAAUUCCUUGUUGUUUUUGUGGUAUGGUCCUUCGAAAGGAAGUCAACAUUAAAUUAUUAAAUAAAGAAAAUAUUUCGCAGUGAAAUACUGCCAAGUUCAAAAUUUA